ACUCCUUUGUCCUUUUUUAUUUACUUUCAGAUGUUAUAUAACUAUAUGUCACUAGGUGUAUACAAACAGCUAGUGUUACACACGUCUCUUCAGCCAAAAUAUUAAUUUUCGUAAGGUUGAAAAGAAUGCCGCUUAGUCAGAAAGUUCCGACUUGGGCCGCCGUUCCGGCUGUGUUGGCCGUAUUUUCCGUGAUUUCAUAUCAGACCAUAAUUGCGCCGGACAAUUUAAAAGGCACGAAACAUGUAUUGUCGAUGGCUAAGACCAUACCACUUCCUGUUCAUGGACCAGAGAGCAUCGAGUGGGAUCCACAAGGAGGAGGUCCUUAUGCUGCCGUCGUGGACGGCCGUAUUCUCAAGUGGCAAGGCGAUGGUAUAGGCUGGGUUGAGUUCGCUUACACAUCUCCUCACAGAGGGAACUGUUCAAGGCAUGAAGUAGUGCCUACUUGUGGAAGACCACUAGGACUUAAAUUCGAGAAGAAAACAGGAGACUUGUACAUCUGCGACGGUUACCUUGGGGUCAUGAAGGUUGGACCAGAGGGAGGCUUGGCUGAGUUGGUCGUGGACCAGGCCGAAGGUCGCAAAGUAAUGUUCGCCAACCAAAUAGAUAUCGACGAAGAGGAAGAUGUCUUGUACUUCAAUGAUAGUAGUGACAAGUAUCAUUUCAGGGAGGUAUUUUACGUGGCUUCUAACGGCGACCGGACGGGAAGAGUGAUCAGAUACAAUAAGAAGACAAAAGAGGCCAAAGUUGUGAUGGAUAACCUCCGUUGUAACAACGGUUUGGCUCUAAACAAAGACCGGUCUUUUCUAAUCUCAUGCGAGUCUUCCACAGGCCUUGUCCACCGAUACUGGAUCAAAGGUCCCAAAGCCGGGACUCGCGAUAUCUUCGCCAAGGUUCCAGGUUACCCCGACAACAUCCGCUUGACACCGACGGGGGACUUCUGGCUUGGCAUACACUGCAAGAAAAACCCGUUAGGGCGGUUUAUGAUUAAUAACCGGUGGCUCGGGAAAAUAGUUGAAAAGACAGUGAACUUGGACUUGUUGAUUGCAGUAAUGAACGGGUUUAAGCCGCAUGGGAUCGCCGUGAAAAUCUCCGGAGAGACAGGGGAGAUCCUUGAGGUACUUGAGGACAUAGAAGGGAAGACGAUGCAGUAUGUAAGUGAGGCUUAUGAGAGAGAUGAUGGAAAGUUAUGGUUCGGGUCCGUUUUCACGCCUGCCGUAUGGGUUCUUGAUCGCAAAUGAGUAGUAGUAAUUCGGCUUGUUGUACGUAGCCAUGUGAUCCCUUGUGUGUUUUAAAUCAACAUUUGUUUUAUAUAUGGUUUUCUUUUCUAUAAAUAAAAAUACAAAUCGAAAUUGUUUUAAAGGUUCUAGUGAGUUUGGCAUGUAUAUUUGCUUUUGUAUAUGUAGUUUUUCUUGUUGUCCGGUA